AUGCAUCAAAUGCACUAAUUUAAUUUUGACUUUUAAAUAUUGAAGAAAAAAUAUAGAGUUAAUUAGUUUAGUUAGUUAGUAGGAUAAAAUGAAGAAAAAAAUACAAUAAUUUACCUAAGAAAAAGUAUCAAAUUUGAUAGAUUAAAGCACUUUCCUAAACCAAAAACUAAACCUUAUACACCUUUAUCACCAAUUUUGUUCUACUUUAUUAAAUAUUAAAGAAUAAACAAAGAGCUAAUUAAUUAGUUAGAAGGAAGGAAAGAAAGAAAGAAAGUAAGAAAUAAAUAAAUAAAGAAGAAAAAUAUGAAAUAAUAAGAAAUGAAUUAAUUAAUAGUCAAAAAGUAAAAAUAGAUUUGUAAAAAAUAAGUUAAAUUAACAAAAAAACAAAAAAAAAACUAAAUCAAGCAAAAUACUAAUAAAUAAACUAAAAGAUUUAAAGAAAUUUAUUUUUAUAAAUAACAGAAAAAUAAAUAAAUAAAAUCCUUUUACCCAACAAAAAGUGUCAAAUUUUAGAGAUUAGUGCACUUUCCUAAACUAAAACCUAGACUUGAUGAACUAUUUGCACCAAUUAAAUUACUUGAAAAAUUAAUAUUUACUAAAUAAUUUAGUUUAAUGAAAAAAAUGAAGAAAAAAUAUGAAUUAAUUAAUUGUUAAUAAAACAAAAAUUGA